UUAGUUGAAAGUUUGUGAGUUGGUUGUUGGCCAGCACCAAUUACGGAGGGCAGCACAUGGAAACCCCGUAAUUCAAUUGUGUUUAAAUCCGUCUAUUAUCAUACAGAAUUGGGCAAUUUGCCACGAUGCGUCAACAACACAUAAUUUGCGACGUGACAAGGACGGCUGGUCAGCACACACAUUACUGGCAUUCCACAGAUGAACUAACGUCGAAACGUUAUCAUGCAAGUUUGAAUGACGCAGCGCGACUUGUCUUUGUUAUAUAAUCUCUCAUUGCAGUGGGCUUGGUGAUUAGUGUUUGUAUCCCGAAGAUUAGCAUGAUGGCUGCCCUGUCCUUCAACGUAUUCUCCUUCAUGUUUUUGGCGUGCACGUUGACGUCAAGAAGUGAGAUCUUACAUCAGAGACCACGUGAUGCUGCAUCGCCGGCAAAUCGGAGGAUGAGUCCAUCUAGAACAAUUGCGGACCUCCCAGAUGUUCAUCUGACAGGAUUUAUCGUCAUAAAGAUUAAAUCUCUCUCUUACAUUCGGGAGCUGUCAUACGAAAAAAAUAAUUUAACGCGACGCUUGAUCGCCCUUUGUGAAAUAGAGAUGGCCAAGUUCUUUAAAAAUGUGAAAGGAAAACAAACUGUGAAGGUUGAAUCAUUCAGGCGUGGUCGUUGGAGUAAAGUCAUUCUGUUAAUGCUGUUGCAUAGUACUGGAAAUGGUGACAUAAAUGAAAUCAGUGAUACAGUGAAAAAGAAUGUUCAAAUACCAGGAAGAUUCAUCACUUACGAUGUGGAUAGAAAGAUGGCUUCGUUUAGACCGAAUGGAGUAUUCUGUCAGCCUCGGGUACAUUAUGCAUUUGAAAGUCUAAGCGCAAGUGAAGUGUACGAUGAUUCUGGUUACGAUAACAACGGUAUAAUUUAUGGCAACGUAACAACGACAAACUAUGGAAAAUGUGGUAGAGCAGCAAAAUUCAAAAAUGGCUACGUUUUUCUCAGGAAGUUCAAAAAGACGAAAACAUCGGACAGUGACGUCAUUGUCAUUGCGUUUUGGCUAAGAAUGCACCAACCUAGAAGUACGACUUCACUCUUCAGAGGUUAUUAUAAAGGUGCUGUCGUGGAAAUUUUUACACAAAGAGGACUUUUGAAGUGGAAACUUAUCACUCAACCUGAGGAGACUGCAUUUCUUGUACGUCAUGUAAAGCUGUUGAAACCUCGAACGUGGACACAUGUCGUUGCUGUGUACGAUCCCUAUGCUUUUAAGGCAAAAUUAUAUAUUGAUUUGGAAUUAGUAAAUGAGGUCAAAGUACGCCAAGGAAUUGUACAUUGGAGAUUUACGUCAUCUCUUCGGUUUGGAAUGACGUCAACCGAAGGAUAUCUUGAUGAUCUAUAUGUCUACGAUUGCUUGCUAAGUGAAAAUGUACUUAAUGGUAUACGUAAGGAUUGUUGGUGUGAAGAGUUAUGUGCUCCCAGAGGAAAAAACGAAUUUCUUGUAAGAAUGCUUUUGACAUUCAACAGCAGCUUCAACAGCUCUGCACAAAGACUUGCUAACAGAGUGCGAGAUGGGAUCACUAACUUAUUCACUGAGAUAUCUGGCGAGCAAAGAGUCGAAACAAUAGGUCAGAGACCUAUAAACGCCGAUUCAAUAAUUGUGGAUUAUUCCUUGCAAAGUAUUGGCAAUAGCGACACUCGAUACUUGGCCGGUGUUAUACGUCCUUCUAUAACAUCUGGGAGUAUUGCAGGAGUAGAUCUUGCCUCCAGAGAUGUUUCAUUUAUACCUAUAUCAGGUAAAAGUGUUUGUCGCUCAACUGAAAUGUCUUGUGGUGAUGGUGACUGUAUUAGUAAACUAUGGAAGUGUGACGGAGAGAUAAAUUGUGCUGAUGGCAGAGAUGAAGUUAAUUGUGGAGAUGCCGUCGUCUUUGAUUGUCAAAGCAAUGAAUUCGCUUGUAAUCGAUCACGUGUUUACGGAAUCAGCGAUUGCAUUGAGGCGCGAUUUCGAUGUGAUGGGCAACUGGACUGCGAUGAUGAUUCAGAUGAAUUUGGAUGUGUUCCCCCCAAAGUUAUCACUGCUCCACGAUCCUUGAUAAUCUUGGCAAAAGGCGAGACAGCGAGAUGUACAUGUGCGGCCAGCGGUGUCCCACAUCCCAAAGUCAGCUGGUACAGCAAGGGAAGAAAGAUUUUAAGUUUACCUGAAAAGAUUUCGGUUACAUCCGUUGCAGGCCACGGACAGCUGACGAUUUUUAACGUUGGUGAAAAGGAUUCGGGAGAUUAUAUUUGUCAAAUCAGCAACAAUCGUGUGCGGAAGAUUGUCGCUCCUAGUUGUACAGUUAAAGUUCGAGCGUUAGGAAGCGUCUGUGCAUCACCUUUCUUUAAUUCUAUCGCACAGAGAAGCGACGAGUGUUUGAGGUGUUUUUGUUACGAAAAAACCAUGACAUGUCGCAGUGCUGUGUUAUACAGAUCUAAGUUGCAAUCUUACUGGAAUUGCUUUAGUUGUACAAAGAUGUAUGAACCAAUUUUGGUUGAUGUAUUUGGAAAACAAACAGAUGUUUAUCUACAAACGAGUUCGUCUCCAUUAUUUUGGCGUCUUCCAAAGAAAUACUCCGGAAAUAAGAUCACAAGCUACGGUGGACGUUUACAGUUUGCACUGGAGUCAGACCUUAUUAAAAAUGCACUGCGCAGGUCUAGACGUGAUGUGACUGACAAAAGCAACAGAAACCUGACCGUAUGGAACUACAUCAGAGAGGGGCCCAACAAAAAGUCAUGGUUAGGAAUUUCAGCCUCGCCUCGUUCGUUGAAUGAUGUUCCAAUGGUUCACGACAGAAGUCGUAUAACCAGAGUUUCUCAAAGCAAGGCUUUGAACCUUUCUGAUUCUCACAUGGUUUAUAUAAUGGGUAAUGAUGGCACAUUGCUGGCUGCAACUCAGUUGAAUUCUUAUGACGGAGGAAUGUAUGGUAUUGAUUUGAUUGAGAAACAAUGGAUGGAUACGGAUAGACAGCGAAAUAUAAGACGAUCAACUUUGCUUCGUGUCUUGACGAAUAUAAAAUAUAUUUUUAUAAAAGCGACAUCAUCGAAUGGUUACGUAUUGAGACUUCGGAAAUUUUCUCUCGAUUCUGCCGUAUCAAAAGAAAAUGAUGGGCGAAGAGUUCAUUUGGUGGAGCAAUGUACUUGUCCUGAGGGUUACAGUGGCUAUUCUUGUGAGAAAUGCUCAGACGGAUAUUUCAGAAGAAACGGAAGUGAAGAAUGUUUGAGGUGUUCGUGUAACGGUCACUCAAGUUCGUGUGAUCACAAAACAGGAAGAUGUAAUAGCUGUGACCACAACACUUCCGGUAUGAACUGUGAAGUUUGCAAGGCUGGUUUCUAUGGAGAUGCAACCGUGGGCACACCCUAUGAUUGCAAAAAGUGUAACUGUCCUCUGACCGUCGAAAGCAAUUCUUUCAGUGAAACGUGUUAUUUGGAUCGUGAUGGGAAAUCCACCUGCAAUUCCUGCUUUCCCGGAUACACUGGUCGGAAUUGUGAAAUCUGCGAUAGUGGAUAUGAAGGAAAUCCAUCAGUGGUUGGUGGAACUUGUUAUAGUGUUGGAAACUUUUCAAAAUGCCAUUCAGCUGGAAGCAUGUCUCAAAGUAUAAACUCAUUUUCAAAAGUGAACUGUCAUUGCAAGAAAAAUGUGGUCGGUACGAUUUGUGAUAAAUGUCGAGAGGGACCUUCAAUCUUCAAACAUCAAAUCCAUCCGGUUGUGAGAAAUGCUCCUGUAGCAAAAAGAGUAAAAAUUGCUCAAAUUUAGUUGGCUUAAAAUAUACGAUUCAAGGCUCGUUUGCCAACGACGUUUUUACUAUGGCGACGUUAUACUCUAGACGAGUAGUAAAGCACUCCAUUCACAACGAUAAUGGCAACAAGUGUUUGAGAAAAGUUUUUUCAUCCAGUGAAGAAAACAAGAGAUCUCUUUAUUGGCACCUUCCUUCAAAGUUUGCUGGAAGCAAGGUUGCUUCGUAUGGUGGUUAUCUCCAGUACACGGUCACCUAUUCAUGGAAAACGACCAAACGUCCGUCUACUGCCUUUGAUGUCAU